AUGAAUUGCCAAGGGAGAGUCAGUCCUGGAACUGCAGCCCCAGCAGAAGAGAGAAGCUGCUCCUGGCUGAACCCCUGGGUUUUCCUUAUUUCUGUCCUUGUCAUCAAAACUGCCUUUGUGACCGUCUGUCUUGUUGUAUUACUUCAUGGAGGCUAUGGCCAAUACAAGACUCUACUCCAGAACUCUACGGAGUGGCACUGCAUUCCCAAGAUUUCUGCAGACAAAAUGGAAGGCUGGAUGUGCUGCCCGAAGCGCUGGAGAAGGUUUCAAAACAGCUGCUAUUUUCUGUCCCUUGAUACGAUGUCCUGGGCUGGGAGUGAACAGAACUGCACUGGGAUGGGCUCCCACCUGGUGGUGAUCAACAGCAGGGAAGAGCAGGAGUUCCUCUUCAAUUUGGCAAAAGAAAAAGUUACUAACACCUAUGAAACAAAAUACUACAUAGGCUUAACUUCUUACCAAAAUGGGCAAUGGCAGUGGGUGGAUCAGACUCCAUAUGAGAAGAUAGCCACGUUCUGGAAACCUGGAGAACCCAAUUUACUCUUUGCAGAAAGAUGUGCUGCAAUUCAUGUCAAGGGAAACAGAGACUCCAACACUUACAGCAACUGGAAUAACAUUCUUUGCUUCACAAGUUGCUAUCGUAUUUGUGAAAUGGCAGUCAAAUUUGUCUGA